AUGGUAUCAAGUGAUAAUGCUUGGAACUUCAAUUUUGCAAGAACUCUUAAUGAGAUGGAAUUAGGGGAUAUUACUGAGAUGCUUCAGGGUUUGGGUGAAGUUUCAAAUUUGUUUGACAGUGCCUUGGAGGACACUAGACUUUGGAGAUUUGGCGAUGACUUUACAGUGGAAAACUGCUACGCUUCUUUAGACAUUGGAGGAUUGUUGGCUUUCCCUCAUAAGCAGGUAUGGAAUCCUAAAGUUCCUUUAAAAGUGUCUUUUCUGAUUUGGUCAAUAUGUCAUGACGGAGCGCCUACUCUGGAUAUGCUAUUACGAGCUGGUUUGGUUCAAAAUGACAUUUGUUUACUGUGUGAUACCGAGCAAGAAACCCAAAGUCACUUGUUUUUACACUGUUACGAAACUAGAAAGCUUUGGCACUACUUUCUUGACAGCUUCAAAUUGCUUUGGGUAUUUUCUGAUUCUGUUAAGAGGAAUGUACGGGAAUGUCUUAUAUUAAGUGUAGAAGUUUCAAGAGAAAACUUUGGAGUAUUCUUCCGUUUGCUAUAUGGUGGACCGUCUGGAAUGAGCGCAACAACAGAUUAUAUAGGAAUCAAAGAAGGAAUAUUGACCAGCUAA